AUGCCGUAUAUUGGAGCUUCAAAUAAUUCAACUUAUUCUUUCAGGAGUUUGAAAGAAAAACAUUCAAUAAAAGAAUCAAGUAAUUCAGAAUUUAUCAUAAAAUCUCUAAAUAAAAGUAACUUUAAAUUAGAUAGCCAACAUAAUGAAAAUAAAAAUAAAAAUGAUAAUGAUAAUGAUGAUAAUACCAAGUUAGAUAAAGAAAAUGAUGGGUCUGUUGCAUCUUCGCUUUCAAGCUUGAGUGUGGCCACGCCCACAAAAGAAUACCGACCUUUGAUAGGAAGUGUUAUAUCUCAAAGUUACUCCUCUAAUAUAAACGAUUUGCCAGAUUGGAAUAAUUCGUCCAAGAAAUCGAAUAGUACAGCUAGCACUCCGUCGUAUAAAACUAUGAGAACAGCAUCUGUAGAUUCUACUAGUUCAAAUAUGACAGAUAUCGAUAUUCAGGAACUUUUCACUUUGCCUAAUGAAUCUACACAUUCCUAUUCAUAUAAUCCCUUAUCACCAAAUUCUUUGGCUGUAAGACUGUCCAUUUUGAAAAGAUCUUUGGAAAUUAUUAUUGCUAACCCAAGGAUGAUGGAAAAUGAUACAAGUCUGGACAGCCCUGUGAUCAGCAGUAUCAAACAACGACAAAUACAAAAUCAACAAGCAUCUUUACUACGGAACCCUCAUGGCUGGAAAAGAACCUACAGUCAACUGAGACCAUAUGUUUCAACAGCCAAUAUGGCAAAUUUAACAAGCAGAAGAUUCUCUGUAGCAACUGAAGAUCCUUUGAGUAAUUACCAACAAAGGAAAUGGACCUCGCCUGCUGCCGCUUUAAAUGCAUUUGUCGCAAAUCCUGCCAUAUCUAGCAAUUGUAAUAGCAACUGUAAUAAUAGUAAUUGUGGAAGCACCUUUAAUAGCAACGGUGAUAGGAUAUCAUUAAAACACAGAACUAAUUCAUUGGCUAUGUUACCUAAACUUUGGAAUGAUUAUACAUUUAAUUUUGAUAAUACUAACACCAAUACUAAUAGACCUAAAUUACAAUCCAAUAGGUCAAGAUCACAGAUUAAUAUUUCUUUAAAUAAUAUACCACCAGAAAGUGUUCCAGGCGUAUCUUUAAGGAAAAUAAGUGACCAUAUAAAUACUAGCCAUAAUUCCAAUACACCAAGUCUAUUAAAAAAUCAAUUCAACAACAACAACAAUAACAAUAACAAUAAUAAUAAUAAUAAUGUAUAUAACAAUGAUGACGAUUAUUCUUACAUUGAAGAACAACGAUCGAAUCUUAUCAGUUUACUGGACUUGUUAAAUGAAACUUUGGAAAAUAAUACAUCAGAAAAGGCAACAGAUCUUCACAUGUUGUCUCUAUACAAUAUCGAUAAACUUAUCCUAGACGAAGAUAAAGAAGGUACACCGUCUCCAAUGUCUUCAACAUCAAAUACAAAUUUAAGUAAUAUUGUAGAUGAGAAGAAGCAUACUAGAAAAUUAAAGAAAAUUCUUUUGGAUUCUUUGGCAGAACCAUUCUUUGAAAGAGAUGUUUCAAUUGAGGAGAGCUUAUUAGAAGAUGAAGCCACUUUGGAACGUGGGCUAGAUGAAUUUAUAACAAAUAACGGGGCUGACACCGUAGUCCUGAAUCCACCUAAACCACAGCAAGAUUAUGGUAAAAUCUUACACACAUUUACCUCAGCGAAAAACUCUGCACCACAAGCAAUUUUUACUUGUAUACAACAGCAUCCAUGGCAAUUUAGAGCUGCUAACGAUUUAGCUUGUCUAAUAUUUGGGAUUUCCAAAAAUGUAUUGAAGGCUUUGACAUUGUUGGAUUUGAUUCAUACUGACUCUAGAAGUUUUGUGAUUCACAAAUUAUUAACUACAGAAGAUCAGGAAUUGGUAUUUACUGGUGAAAUUAUUGGGAUAGUUCAACCGGGCACCUCAAAUAACGGGCUGAUUUGGGCAUCAUUUUGGGCCAAAAGAAAAAAUGGUUUAUUAGUAUGUGUCUUUGAAAAGGUUCCUUGUGACUACGUAGAUGUCUUACUUAAUAUAAAUACUUUUGAAGUGGAAAGCAUCAUUAAUAAAAAUAAUCUAUUGAAAGAUCCUGCAACAUUAAGAGAUGAUGAAGCAAACUCCCUACAACAUGGUAAAACUAAUGUAGAAACAACACCAGUUCUAUGUAAAUGUGGUCCGGUACAGUUUCAAGUGGGAAAUGAUUCACCAAAUACAAGUUCAAGUAAUUGUGACUGUAAUUUGGAUUUAAAAAAUGAAAAUACUUCUACAAGUAUAAAAAGUAGUCUACCUACUAUAAUUGAUAAAACUAAAAGCAAAAAGACUGUUAAGUUUGCAAACAUAUAUCAAAAGUUAAGUUCUAUUAGCCAAUCGUUAGCAAAGUUAAUCGAUCAAGUGCGGAAUGAAACGAUAUAUGAUCCUGAUGACUCUUUAUCGUCCAUGCCUGUAAGAAUAUGCAAUCAUGUUAAUCGUGCAAGAUAUUUCACAAUAAAUCAACCGACUUCGAAUAUCCCAUGUGCUGUAUCAUGUUCAGUUUUAGAGGAUCAGUUAAAAUUGAAAAUUCAUAGUUUACCUUAUCAAGCGGGUCUUUUCGUUGUUGAUUCUCACACAUUACAACUGAUAAGUUUUAAUAAAUCAAUAUCAAAAAAUAUGUUUGGUCAUCAUUUGUUUGAACUUGUUGACAGUCCAAUUACUAAAAUUAUCCCAUGUUUCAAGGAUAUGAUAGAUUAUAUUAGUAAGGAACAUCCUGAUUUGUCCAUUACCUUGCCAAAGAAUAGAGGCUUAGUUUUAACAGAGCAUUUUUUUAGAAAGCUUAAGGCAGAAAUGGAUGGUAAUCCAAAGGAUUUUUACAAUAGUACGGGUAUUGAUGGUAUUCAUAUCGAUGGAUCUAAAAUUAAAGUUGACUUUCAAGUACGUGUAUUGAAUAGUAAUUACUGUUUUGUGUGGAUUACUCAUUCCAGAGAUGUCGCGUUUGAAGAUUAUAAGGCCAAUCCUUCCCAAUUAAAAAUGUUAAAAGAAACUGAGUUGUCAUAUAUGAGCAGCUCUGGAAGUUCCGUUGCAUCAUCUAAAAAGCCUAGUAUUAAAGCUUCUGUAGCAGAAUUAAAAGAGGGAGUUAGUACUAUAUCUUUAAAAGACAAUCAAUUGGAGAUUAGUCAACCUACAUCUGCAGACAAAGAUUUAAAGUUGACAUAUGAAGUUCAUAAUAUUUCUACGUCAAGUCUGGCAACAAGUACUGACAAUACAUAUACAUUACGAUCUCAGCUGCGUUCUGAUCCAACAGAAAUUGAAAUAAAGAGUAGACUCUCUCAACUGUACCCGAAGGACAAAUCACAAUUUGUUAAAGACGACAACUUUAAGGUUGAUAAGACUUUAAUCAUAAGUAAAAUUUCCAGUACACCAACCCCAGAAGGUGAAGCUAUGGAACCAAGGCCACCGUCUCCUGCAAAAUCAACUGAUGAAAAUCUUGAAACAAACAUCGUACUUCCACCUGAAAAACAAUUAACCAAUGUAGAGUUAAAAAUUGAUAAUUAUCAAAAGACUACAUUUUUACACACACCUGCUACAAAUAUUGGUGCAUUAAAACGUGUCACUAAAUUUUCUGAUUUUUUGAUAUUACAAAAAAUGGGUGAAGGUGCUUAUGGUAAGGUUAACCUUUGUAUGCAUAAAAAAGAAAAAUAUAUUGUAGUCAUCAAAAUGAUUUUCAAAGAGAGAAUCCUGGUUGAUACAUGGGUUAGAGACCGUAAACUAGGAACCAUUCCAUCAGAGAUUCAAAUUAUGGCCACCUUGAAUAAACAACCACACGAAAAUAUUCUAAGUUUAUUAGAUUUCUUUGAAGAUGAUGACUAUUACUAUAUUGAAACUCCAGUUCAUGGUGAGACUGGUUGUAUCGAUCUAUUUGAUUUGAUUGAACUAAAAACAAAUAUGACUGAAUUUGAAGCCAAGUUGAUUUUUAAACAAGUUGUAUCUGGUAUAAAACAUCUACAUGAUUUAGGCAUAGUUCAUAGAGAUAUUAAAGAUGAAAACGUGAUUGUUGAUUCUAAAGGUUUUGUAAAGUUAAUUGAUUUUGGUUCAGCCGCAUAUGUUAAAAGUGGUCCAUUUGAUGUUUUCGUUGGUACUAUUGAUUAUGCAGCACCCGAAGUAUUAAGUGGUGAUCCAUAUGAAGGUAAGCCUCAAGAUAUAUGGGCUAUUGGUAUUUUGCUUUACACUAUUAUUUUCAAGGAAAACCCAUUCUAUAACAUUGAUGAAAUUUUAGAAGGUGAUUUAAAAUUUGGCAGUGACCCCAACGACGUAAGUCAAGAUUGCAUAGAUUUGAUUGUAAAAAUUUUAAAUAGAACGGUGAGAGACAGACCGACAAUUGAUGAUAUUUACAACAAUAAGUGGUUAAUUAUUUAA